UGGCAAAACUGCAGAGGACUUUAGAGAAGAAUAUCCAAAGAGAAUGGAAAAAUAUACUGGUUAUGAAUCAACUAAAAUUGGUUCCAUAUAUUCUUUGUAUUUGUAUGACACGGUGCUUGCGUAUCUUACCGCAGUGAGUAAAGUAGUAAACAACAGUGCAGACUGGAAGAGCGGAAGGAAUGUCCUUAGAGAGAUUCAGAAAGAUGGGUUUGAAUUCAAAGGGCGGACUGGAAUGGUAAAGUUCGAUAGAACAGGUGACAGGUUAUCCGACUUUGCUCUAUGGCACAAAAACAACGCAAAAUCGAAGUAUGAAGAAUUUACUGCCGUACAUAUGCAAGAUAAUGAAAAAUUGGAUUUCGAGGAAAAAAAGAAACCAAAUUUCAUAACUGAUGAUGGCCGUCCUCCACCAAGCACCCCAAAAUGUGGAUACUUGGGAGAUGAAUGUAGAGAUGUGGUUAGUGAACUGGAUUUGUGGAUCUUGUUAGUUAUUGUGGCUGUUAUUAUCGUCGUUGUUGUUGGGGCGUUGGCAGCCCUAAUACUCUGUAUCAGGAAGUGUAAGCGGAAUGACGAGAUGUUGCAGAAUAUGUGGAAGAUUCCCUAU